UUAGUCAGAGUUUCGCUUCCGUCUCGUUGAUUCUUCGUUACGAUUCAGGCCCGGGAUCGUAUCUAUCUGAGAAAUGUUUCUGCAAUCGUGCAACCAACGAGGAUAUAUUCCUCCGUCGAACGGUUUAAAUUCGUAGCUGUGUCUCGUCAAUUAGAAAUCAAAGGUAAUUCCUCUGGGUCUGACAGAAGAAUGUUGAUGGGACGUCGAGGAUUCAACAGGUACUGAGGGAGUUCCGAGGGAGUCUGAAUUCGACGCGUGCAGGGUGUUAACGUAGCUUUUCAUUCCAAUAAAAAAAAAAAAGUCUCGUGUUUUACGUAACACUAUUUCGAUAACUGCUAUCGAAUCUUGCAAGCUGAUCCAGGAUAAAAUAUCGUUGACCUAUUUGGGCCCGGUGCUUCCUCCAACAAACUCUACUGCAAUGAAGCGAAAUUAAAGGCCAACCGAGUGCAUCAGUGCAGAAGAACCCACGGAUUUGCAAGUGCGCUACAUGAAAGCGAACGAUGAGGCGCUAUCGAAUUUGGAGCCGACCAGCGCGGAUAAAGCGAACAAGAAUGAAGAACACUCUGUCGUGCACGAAUCGCUGGAUUUAAUCGACAAAUCGACACCAGACAUCGAUGUAUCGGAUACGAAAGUAAUUCAAGAAGGCCUUCAAUUCAGCUCGGAACUUCCGCCGACGUUACACGAACGGUUUAUGCGAAUCAAACAAAUGGUGAAAGAUGCCAUAGCUGCACACCACACGUUCAUGAUUUACGGAAGGUCACGAGUGAUUCGAGAAUGUAUGCUAAAGCGAGGAUGGUGCGAAAAAUUCUUCAGAAAAAACGCCGAGCAACAUUUGAAUGUGGAUGCAAGUCCUGUGGUAUUGCUGGCUGGCAUCGGCGAUUUGAAAGAUCAGCAAAGCGAACGCCAACUAAUCUCUCGAAUGCUCACUAAUUACACCGUGGAUUUCCUCUGGAACACUGGAUCGGACUGGCCCGGUUGGCCAGCGCAGGACAAUAAGGCGACAAUUUUUAACAGAUACUGCCGGGCAGGAUUCACUUCGAAGGUGGGUUUGUGUUCGAACGUCAGACAAAUGCACUGGUACUACGAGGCUGGAGUGGCGAACACCCUUUUCCCACGUUGCUAUAAUUUAUGCCAGGGCGAUCAGAUGCACGCUUUCAUCGAAGAUUUUCGAUUCACAGCGUGUCUAGGCCUGUUAAAGUGGUUAGUUAGCAAGAUCAACGACGAAGGUGAGUGCGCGAUUAGAGCGCCGACUGGCACGGUGCCUUUGAAGGCUUUAGAAUUCGCGAUCAAGCGAUGCAGCGACUACAUUAGCGCACAAUCGCACGAGGAUAUCGAUCAAGAAGCGGAAAGGAUCUGGGCGCAUCAGUGGGAUCAGUUUAUCAGCUGGUACUAUCAGAUCGUUCACGGACAAGCCCUCUUUAUUCGAAACAAUGUGCCAUUUCAAAAAUUCUUCUUGGCGUCGAAGCAUAUCUUGAAGAAGAUGAAGAAGUACUGGCCACAGAUCGACAUGGACGGCGUGAUGAACGUGUGGAUCAUGAAACCGGGGAACAAAAGUCGAGGCCGUGGAAUCGUUCUCUUGAACAAACUGGAAGAUGUGAUGGCGAAGAUGAACCCAUCGAAUAAAUCAGACACACGUUACGUUAUACAGAAGUACAUUGAACGACCGUUGCUGAUACAUAGCACUAAAUUCGACAUCAGACAGUGGUUCAUCAUUACCUGCGCUCAGCCUCUGACUCUCUGGAUAUACAAAGAAAGUUAUCUGCGAUUCUGCUCGCAGAAAUUCAGUUUGACGGACUUCCACGAGUCGAUUCAUCUGUGCAAUCACGCGAUCCAGUGCAAGUACACCAACUGCGGCGAUAGGAAUCCUGCGUUACCCUCGGACAACAUGUGGGAUGCCACGACCUUCAAGGAGUUUCUCAAGUCCCAAGGACACGACAAAGCGUGGGACGAUAUCAUUUAUCCUGGCAUGAAGCAAGGCCUGGUUGGCUCUUUGUUGGCCAGCCAAGAAGCCAUGGACCGUCGGAAAAAUAGCUUCGAACUGUACGGCGCCGACUUUAUGGUUAUGGAUGACUUUUCCGUAUGGCUGAUCGAGAUCAAUAGCCACCCUGACAUGAGUUACUCGAGCAAAGUCACCACACGCCUGUGCAGGCAAGUUCUGGAGGAUACCAUAAAAGUGGUUAUCGAUCAUCGUGAAGACAAAAACGCGGACACGGGACAGUUCGAGUUGGCCUACAAACAAAGGAUGCCCAGUUGUCAGCCAUAUCUAGGCGCAGCUCUGUCUCUUCAAGGCACUAGGAUAUCUAUUUGCGGGAAGAAGUCCAUUCUGAACAGCCAAGAGUCGAAAGUUAGCCUUGUUUCGAAAUCUCCAAUGACCUGUUUGACGAAGAAGAAAUCGACGCACAAUCAGAUCGGUCCAGUGAUCGUUGAUUUGAUCGAGGAAUUAGAGAUACAGUUGGAUCGGGAGUUCUAUGCUUACUACAAGAUGGAUUCGACUAAGUUGAGGCAAGCUCUGCCAACGAGUGCACCAACAAAGCCUUUAAUAACUGCCGUGCUGAUCGAUAAGCAAGAAUCGACUGUGAAAAGUGCACCUGUGAGCGGGCCAAAGCCUAACGUUAAAUCAAAACCUCCUACGUCGAUUCAGGAAAAGAUUGGGAAUAUUCAGAGACAUAUAGUACGUAUGCCGAGAAAAUCACAUACUUUAGCUGGAACGAGUAGUAAUACAAUAGAAUCGUCCCUUAUAAAGCAAUCGUUAGUUUCAAAGAUCAUGGCUUUCCAGAAACAAUCUACAAAGCUGGCUCCGAAAAUUGAAAAACCUCUGAAGCCAAGCAACGAGAAGGUAAUUAAGACAGUGAUGCGAGAGGCGAUUAAAAAAUAUAACAAGAGUACUCCUUUGUCCGCCACUACUUCAGAAACACCAACGUUGCCAUCUCUUCUGUCUGCAACAAACAAGGUUGAUCAAACAGCGUGAGAGGGAUUCCUCAGGAUACCAAAAGGUCUUACAAUUUCACAAAUAUUGUACAAGACGAAACAGGUGUUUGCAAAAGAAAAAUGCUGAUCGAGAAGAACAAACGUUUGCUAAAAACAGUGAGGGAUGUAAUUCACGAGAUGAGCGAGCAGGAAAGUCUGCCUCAAAUGGACUUGGGCUCGAUUCAAAGUAUCAAGCCUCAGAAUAAAAUCACAGUGACUAAUCUAGCGAACCGGAGCGAGCAAGAAGUGCGAGUGAUAAAGCCAAUGAAAAUUGGGAACAACUGCGCGGUUACGAUCGACUUGCAAAAGCCAGUCUUUAAGAAGCAAAAGGUGGAAAAAUUUUUGGACGACUCCAUGCACGAGGCCGUGAAAAACUAUCGAACGAACAGAGAUACGUGGGACAGAAUAAUGAAAGAACAGUUUAUCUAGGCUUAACGAAAAAAAAAAUAAAAAAAUAAAAAAAAUAAAAAAAUAAGAAUAAAAAAGAAAGAAAGAAAAAAUACUCUCAUCCUGAACAUAGAGCAAUAUCGAAGCGCAUUUAUCGAUUACCAUUACGAAUACCAUCGCUGAAUAAUGUCAACGGAAGUUUAUGAUAAAGUAAAUUAAAAUGUAAAAAGACCAACACGAACGAA